AUGAAGUCCACAGAGCAGAGACCAAAUGGUGGCUUCUCAGAGGGGAUCAUAGAUUCUUCCAUCAGGAGAACAACCCAGCCAUGGAGCGUCAGGAGAAAGGACUCAAGCCGCAUUCACACUGGAGAGAAACCAUAUCAGUGCUCACAGUGUGGAAAGAGCUUCAGUACCCAGGGUGCUCUCAAAAUACACCAGCACAUUCACACUGGAGAAAAACAGUAUUCCUGCUCACAGUGUGGGAAGAGAUUUAAUACACAGAAUAAGCUCAAAAUACACCAGCGCAUUCACACUGGAGAGAAACCGUAUCAGUGCUCACAGUGUGGAAAGAGUUUUAAUGGACAAAGUGCUCUCAAAGUACACCAGCGCAUUCACACAGGAGAGAAACCAUAUCAGUGCUCACAGUGUGGAAAGAGCUUCAGUACCCAGGGUGCUCUCAAAAUACACCAGCACAUUCACACUGGAGAAAAACAGUAUUCCUGCUCACAGUGUGGGAAGAGUUUUAAUACACAGAUUAAGCUCAAAAUACACCAGCGCAUUCACACUGGAGAGAAACCAUAUCAGUGCUCACAGUGUGGAAAGAGUUUUAAUGUACAGAGUAAUCUAAAAAAACACCAGCGCAUUCACACUGGAGAGAAACCAUAUCAGUGCUCACAGUGUGGAAAGAGUUUUAAUGAACAGAGUUACCUCAAAACACACCAGCGCAUUCACACUGGAGAGAAACCAUAUCAGUGCUCACAGUGUGGAAAGAGUUUUAAUGGACAGAGUGCUCUCAAAGUACACCAGUGCAUUCACACUGGAGAGAAACCAUAUCAGUGCUCACAGUGUGGAAAGAGUUUUAAUGGACAGAGUGCUCUCAAAGUACACCAGCGCAUUCACACAGGAGAGAAACCAUAUCAGUGCUCACAGUGUGGAAAGAGCUUCAGUACCCAGGGUGCUCUCAAAAUACACCAGCACAUUCACACUGGAGAAAAACAGUAUUCCUGCUCACAGUGUGCGAAGAGUUUUAAUACACAGAUUAAGCUCAAAAUACACCAGCGCAUUCACACUGGAGAGAAACCGUAUCAGUGCUCACAGUGUGAAAAGAGUUUUAAUGUACAGAGUAAUCUCAAAAAACACCAGCGCAUUCACACUGGAGAGAAACCAUAUCAGUGCUCACAGUGUGGAAAUAGUUUUAAUGUACAGAGUAAUCUCAAAACACACCAGUGCAUUUACACUGGAGAGCAACCAUAUCAGUGCUCACAGUGUGGAAAGAGUUUUAAUGGACAGAGUGCUCUCAAAGUACACCAGCGCAUUCACACUGGAGAGAAACCGUAUCAGUGCUCACAGUGUGGAAAGAGUUUUAAUUUACAGAGUCAUCUUAAAAUACACCAGCGCAUUCACACUGGAGAGAAUCGAUAUCAGUGCUCACAGUGUGGAAAGAGUUUUAAUAUACAGAGUAAUCUCAAAAAACACCAGCGCAUUCACACUGGACAGAAGUCGUAUCAGUGCUCACAAUGUGGAAAGAGUUUUAAUAUACAGAGUGCUCUCAAAAAACACCAGCGCAUUCACACUGGAGAGAAACCGUAUCAGUGCUUACAGUGUGGGAAGAGUUUUAUUACACAGAGUCAUCUCAAAAUCCACCAGCGCAUUCACACUGGAGAGAAACCGUAUCAGUGCUCACAGUGUGGAAAGAGUUUUAUUACACAGAGUAAUCUCAAAAUCCACCAGCGCAUUCACACUGGAGAGAAACCGUAUCAGUGCUCACAGUGUGAGAAGAGUUUUAAUCAACUGGGUAAUUUCAAAAAACACCUGCGCAUUCACAUUUUACAGAAAUGAUGCUCAUAGUGUUGGAGCUGCUUUGCUCAUUCGUCAGCACUUAGACACAAGUGUGAGUCAUCAGAUUGUACCAAACAAGCUAAAAUAUAAAAAUAUAAAAUAUAGUGAGAGAAUGAGUGUU